AAGAGAGCGGCGCGAAGCCCUGCCUCCUGGAGGUCUCCAGUAUCCUCACCAACCCUCCACUCUCUCUCCCUACCUACUGCAAGCAGAAAGCUUUCUUCCUCGCUGACCAAUACUACAACACAGGUCCCAGGAUUCUUGAGCUGUGCCCAGCUGACAAGCUUUUGAAGAUGGCACAAUAACAGUCCAGUGAUGCCUGACCAUGACAGCAUAGCCCUCUUAACUAGACAUACGAAAAGACGCCGGGUCGACAUUGGAGUGAAGAGAACUGUAGGGACAUCUACAGUGUUUACUAAAGCGAAAGUGAAGCUAUUCAGUGCCAUGAAUCCCCACGGUUCAGAUCAGGACAUUGACUGCUCAGUGGUUCAACAUACAGAUGGGGACAAAUCAAAUGUGCUCCGCAAGCUGUUGAAGAGGGCAAACUCGUAUGAAGAUGCUAUGAUGCCUUUUCCUGGAGCUACCAUAAUUUCCCAGCUGUUGAAAAAUAAUGCAACUAAGAAUGGAAGCUCAGAGCACAAUUUGCAAGCCAGUGGUCUGUCCAGCACUGGCUCAGAAGCAAAUCAGGAGGAUGCCUGUAGUAAUUCUUCAAGGGAAAGUGCCCAAGAAUGUGUUUCACCGUUUAGCAGACCUAGCAUGAGCCAGUUUGACGUGGAUCGUCUUUGUGAUGAACAUCUGCGAGCUAAACGUGCCCGGGUUGAGAAUAUAAUUCGAGGCAUGAGUCAUUCACCAAAUGUGGCAUUGAGGGGUGGAGAGAAUGAGCGAGAUGGGGUGCAGCAGCCUGUGAGUCCCCGAGAAAGCUAUAGGGAAAACAAACGCAAGCAGAAGCUUCCCCAGCAGCAGCAACAGAGCUUUCAACAAUUGGUUACAGCCCGGAAAGAGCAAAAGAGAGAAGAACGUCGACAAUUAAAACAACAGCUGGAAGAUAUGCAGAAGCAACUGCGACAGCUCCAGGAAAAAUUCUACCAAAUAUAUGACAGUACAGAUUCUGAGAAUGAUGAGGAUGGCAACAUGUCUGAAGACAGCAUGCAAUCUGAGACUGCUGAUACUAGGGCACACGACAGGUCUGACAAUGAGAUGUCAGACCUAGAUCCAGGACAUUUUCUUGAUCGUGCUCGUGCUCUUAUUAGAGAACAGGAAAUGGCAGCAGAAAAUGAAAAGUUGAAGAGAGAUGGCCACUCCAGAAAAGGUCAAGGCUCAACCAACUUGCAUGCUGAAGGGAAACAGCUAGCUGAGACUCUUAAACAGGAGCUUAAUUCAACUAUGUCACAAGUAGUAGACUCUGUUGUUAAAAUGUUCUCUAAAUCCUCCCACCAGCUUCCUCAGGUCUUCCCACCAAUCCAGAUUCCACAGGCAAGAUUUGCUGUGAAUGGAGAGAACCACAACUUCCAUACUACUAAUCAACGGCUCCAGUGCUUUGGUGAUGUCAUCAUUUCCAAUCCAUUGAACACCUUUGCCAACAUGCAUGUGUCUAAUUCUUCAGACCAGACAGAAGCACUGCCUCUUGUCGUACGCAAAAACUCAUCUGAGCAAUCUGCCUCCACUCCUUCUAUGGGUGGCCAUCACAGCUCUCUUCAUCAGUCUCCACUUUCAGCUGCAGCGGGAUUUUCAUCUCCUGCCUUCCGCCAUCCAUUGCCUCUUCCUCUUAUGGCAUAUUCCUUUCAGAGCUCUAUGGGUAAUGCAUCCAGCACAGUUUCUGGGAAAGACAGGUCAUCUCCUGAGUCCUUGGACUUGACCAGGGAAACUGCCUGUCUGCGGACCAAAGUGUCAUCACAUCACAUGAACCAUCGUCCGUGCUCACCAAUGCAUCCAUCCAGCACAGCUGAAGGUCUCUCUUUGUCUCUCAUUAAAUCUGAGUGUGGUGACUUGCAGGAUAUGGCAGAUAUUUCACCAUAUUCUGGAAAUACAAUAUCCUUUUUCUGAUCAUCUCACAUACAGGAAGGACUGUCACCUAAUCACCUGAAAAAGGCCAAGCUGAUGUUCUUCUACACCCGGUACCCUAGCUCCAACAUGCUGAAGAUGUUCUUCUCUGAUGUGAAGUUUAAUAGGUGCAUCACCUCACAGCUUAUCAAGUGGUUCAGCAAUUUCCGAGAGUUUUACUACAUCCAGAUGGAGAAGUUCGCUCGUCAGUCUAUUAAUGAUGGAGUAACAAGCACUGAGGAGUUAACUGUCUGCCGUGACUCUGAGCUCUUCAGAGCCUUGAAUAUGCACUACAACAAAGCAAAUGAUUUUGAGGUUCCGGAGAGGUUCUUGGAAGUGGCUCAGAUCACAUUACGAGAGUUUUUCAAUGCCAUUGUUGCAGGCAAAGACGUUGAUCCUUCCUGGAAGAAGGCCAUCUACAAGGUCAUUUGCAAGCUGGACAGCGAAGUCCCGGAGGUUUUCAAAUCUCCAAACUGCCUACAAGAGCUACUACAUGAGUAAAGAUGCUGAGAGCCACCUGAAUGUAUCGGAUGUAAUAUACCCCUUCUGUUCUGAUGUCCAAUCCUUGUAUUCCUUUUCUCAGCUCUGAUUUGUUAAUUUUCCUUAAUGUUUUACCCUUUUACAUUUGACCUUGUAAGAAGAUUAUUCACCACAGCCUUGAACCCACUAAAACUGAUACCUGAACCCUUCUGUUUCAAAGAUUAGGUUUGAUUGAUUUAUUGAAGGAAAAACUAAAGUGUGAGAGUGUACUUUUAAUUUUUUUAAUUUCAACAUAGGGUAUUACACCUAAAGUAAUCUGCUCUGUCAGACAGAAGGAUUUAUUAAUGAUUACUUGUGGCAAAUGGCAAAUAACUAUGACAUCAUUUGGACAAUAAAGUAGCUGUCAUGGGAUACAACACUACACACUAGGAGGUUUCACCUAGCUAUAUCAUUAUAAGUGAAGACUAAGCCUGCUAUUGUUUUGAUCUCAGGCAUGAAAGCAAUUGAUCUUUGCCCCAAUAUUAGAAUGCUCCAUAUAGUCAGAGCUUACCUAGUGUCAUUUUUAAUUUACAUAACCAUCACCUUGCAAAUGUUUGAUUCUGCUGUCUCUAGCUGACAUUGGUCAUGUUUUACUGAUCCCCAUAUUACAGUCAACUCUUGUCCCACUAAAAUUAUUCUUUACUGCCAAGAUUCAUUAAUACUUCAUCCAACAGUUGUGUUUUCCUGCAGUAACUGAGAAUCAGGUAUCUGUCCACUUCUGAUGAUUCCAACUUAAUUUGCAAUCAUUCGUGGCCGGCCAGAUCACCAGAAGUAGGUUCAGUUUUCCAGCUAGCAUGAGGAAAAUAAACAUUUUUAGUUAGUUUUAACUGAAUUCUGAUAAAACAUAAUAGUUCUUAUGCUUCUAUUCAAAGCAAAGCUAUCAAGUCAAUCUGUUGUUUCAUUAGCAGCAGUCUGCAUUGAACCUAAAGCUGAGAUUUGGAGUUGCUAAUGUGUUCCAUUAAGAUCACUUUUAUUGUUACUGAAGCAAUGUACUGUAUUCAGUUUUUCAGUAUCCUGUAAGCUGACAAAUUUUCAAAUCAACUGA